GGGAGGAGAGGAGGACAGAGCAACAGGAGCACCGCAGGAGCAGCUAGGAGAUCACCUGUUCUACAGCUUUCCUCUUCGCCUCACUUUUAUUCCCAGUUUAUUUGAGCUUUUUCCUUUUUUAGUGGUUUAAUUUUUACACUUCGCCUUUAGAAUGACGGACACACUUUUACCGAACGGCAUUGAAGACAGCGGAGGAGAUGCGAAAUAUUUCAAAAGGGGCUGCAACCCCCUUGCACAGACCGGACGCAGCAAACUGCAGAACACGCGAGCCGGUCUGAACCAGCAGAUAAUCAAACAGAUGAGGAUGAGAGCCGGAGCUGAGAAUCUGCUGAAGGCUACAAACAACAACAAGGUUAAGGAGAUGGUUCUUCUGGAGCUGAGCUACGUUAACUCCAACCUGCAGCUACUGAUGGGCCAACUGGAAGGACUCAACAGCUCAGUGGAUGUCUACCAGAGCUCCCAAGAAACUGCUCACAUUCCCCUCAUCGCUUUGGGUCUGAAGGAGACUAAAGAAGUCGACUUCUCUGCUCCAUUCAAGGACUACAUCCUGGAGCACUACAAUGAAGACGGACGAAGUUUCGAGGAGGAGAUUGCAGAUCUGAUGGACCUGCGGCAGGCCUGCAGAACGCCAAGCAGGAAUGACGCUGGGGUGGAGCUGCUCGCAAAAUACUACGGUCAUCUUCCCCUAAUAGAGAACAGAUUCUUCUCCCCGACCCGCCAGACCGGCAUCUUCUUCACCUGGUACGACUCCUUCACAGGCGUUCCCGUAUGCCAACAGAACCUGUCUUUAGAGAAAGCCAGCGUGGUCUUCAACAUUGCAGCGCUGUACUCCCAGAUCGGGACGCGCAGUAACCGGCAGAAAGCAGCGGGCUUGGAGGAGGCCAUCUCCGCUUUCCAAAAAGCUGCAGGCAUGCUGAACCACCUUAAGGAAACCUUCACCCACACGCCCAGCUACGACAUGAGCCCAGCCAUGGUGAGCAUGCUGAUUCGCCUGAUGCUUGCUCAAGCGCAGGAGUGCAUCUUUGAGAAGAUCGCACUUCCAGGGAUCAUGAACCAGUUCAUCUCCCUGAUUAAAAUGGCUCAGGAGGCUGCAAAGGUCUCAGAAAUCUACGAUCAGGUCCAUCAGUCCAUGAUCCAGAUGCCGAUAAAAGACAACGUGCCGUUCUUCUGGUCCACCAUGUCCCUGGUCAAAACCAACCACUACCGUGCCAUUGCACAUCACUUCAUGGCCUCAGCACUGCUGGAUCAUGAGCUGGGCCCCAACGAUGAUGAGGAUCAGCAGGAGAAGACCUUAUCUCAGGUGUACGAUCAGCUCCCCGAGGGAUGCUCCCCACUCGACAUCCUGAAGGACAAAGAUGAACGUGAACGUAUCGGUAAAGCUCAUAUGCGUCGUGCCAUCGCCAGUCACGAAGAGGCUCUAAGGAAUCACGGUCUGUGCCAGCAACAGGACAAGCACGACGUCCUGCAGGAAAUUUUAAAAGCCAGCCACCAGCGCUCUCUCAACAAGUACACAGACUUUGAAAGCGAGGAAGAGUUUGCGGACUACAUCGAAGCUCCAGACAUCAUCUCUAAAACGGAGCAUAAAGCAGAAAUGGAGCUUCCCGCUUCCACAAAGGGCCCUUUGUCAGUCUUCUCAGCCAAGCAGAAGUGGACUCCUCCGAGGAAGAUCCUUGUUUGCGCAGAGGACAGAGAUCUGGGUUUCACUCUGAAAGGAGAAGCACCGGUUCAGGUGGUGUCGUUGGACCCUCUCAGCAAAGCGGCUGCUGAUGGACUGAAGGAGGGCGACUACAUCGUAGCGGUGGGCGACAGAGACACCAAAUGGAUGGGUGUGAGUGACAUCAUGCGACUUCUGAAAGACGUGGAUGAAGAGGGGAUUGAAAUCCAGGUGGUCAGCAUGAUCGACAACAGCCCCACUAUGCCAACCAAGAGCGCCACCUUCAGUGGAAACCUGCCCAAGACCUACUCCAUGAUCUGCCUGGCGUAUAACGACGAUGACAAGGCUUCCAAAUCCCGCAAGGUGGCCAAGAAGUCCUCAUUCCUCAGCUGGGGUCUGAAGAACAAGACGAAGAGCGCCAGCACCUUGAGCCUUCCUACAUCCGACCAGACGGGCACUCUGCCCUGGAACAAACCCAUCCCCACCUUCCCCAGCUCCAGCUCCUACAACGACACCUCCUUCCACUGAGCUCGGCCUUCAGCGACACGCAGCGCUGCGCUGGUCACCUACUGGUUGUGUUUUGAUACAACUCUGUUGCUUUUGGUUUUUUGCACCAGCAUCGCCACGCAUUAAAAACAACUGUGCCAAAAUACAUCAAACUAAUAAUGGAUCAUUAUGCAUAACACCAGAAUGUUUGCAGCACAGUACGACUAUGAACGGUUACUACUAUAAAAAGUUUGAGCGCAGCAGUGCCUGUCGCUUUGCAAGGCGGUGGUUUUAUUGUGGACGAAGAGAUCCGCAUCAUCACUGCAGACAUGAAGGACCUCGUUACAAAAAUAUUAAACAAAAUGAUCACAGAGGGAAAACAAAAAGUGCUGUGAAACUUCUCUGAUGUCGAGGAAGAUUUUUUUUUAGAAUGCAAUACCCAAUAAGCUGCUAAAUCACACCUUGGUUUGUGUUACUGUCCUUUUGUAUUUGAGAGACAGCCUCUGAAGUUGGUGUUGGAGCUCCGUGCCAUGUCAGGAACACGGUGUAAAUAGAAAUACACACGUUUUGUUUUGUUUCCUAUUU